AAUCGAGUGUAGUAGAUGAAUAAUAAAAAAAUCAAAAUUAGUAACUAAAAAAAUUAUUUAAAAAAAAAAAAAAAAACACACGCGGCUUAAUGAGCGUGAGCCUACGCAACGGCGCUGCCUGAUUUUCCACAAGAGCUGUUUCUUCCUCGAUGAGGCGCCGUCUUCAUCCACUCCAAUACGUCGUCGUCGUCCCUACCGACGCUUCCACUGCCUCCAACAGCACCGCCGUCAUGUCUUCUCGGUCUCCUUACCGCGGUGGUCUAAACCAGCAGCGGCGAACCUUCUCCGACCGGUCGUACAGCGGCGGAAGAGGAAACUACGUCACCGGAGACUCUCAUUUCCAGUCCGUUCGGGAGACUAACCUAGGGUACCGACAAGGUGAUAGCGGAGGUUUUGCCAACCGCGGAGGUUAUCAGCCUCCAUCUUUCGGUGCAAGGCCGUUUCGACCGCCUCAUCAGAAUCAAAGCCAGCAGUUUCGGCCGUCGACGGCGAAUAAUCCAAACCAACAUCUUCGUCGUUAUCCGCCGUUCGAUCAGAAUCAAGCUCGACGGAUGCGUCCGCAGUUCAUGCCCCGCCCUCCGGAUUAUCGUAAUUGGGAAUAUGCGAAAAUGGCACCACCUCCUGCUUCUGAGCGGUUUACAAUUCUGUCGUAUAACAUACUGGCGGACUACCUGGCUACCAACCAUCGGAGCAAGCUUUACUAUCACAUACCUCUUUAUAUGAUGGACUGGGAAUGGAGAAAGAAGAAAAUAUUUUUCGAGCUGGGAUUGUGGUCGCCUGACAUAAUGUGCUUUCAGGAGGUUGAUAGAUUUAAGGACUUAGAGGAGGAGUUCAGGCUUCGGGGAUACAAUGGCGUUUGGAAGAUGCGGACUGGCAAUGCAAUUGAUGGCUGUGCAAUCUUUUGGCGUGCAUCAAGAUUCAAAUUACUUCAUGAGGAAUCUAUCGAGUUCAAUAAGCUAGGUCUACGGGAUAAUGUUGCUCAGAUAUGUGUACUAGAGAUGAUGAGUCGAAAUUCUGCUGAAAAUACUGCAGCUCUUCAGCGAAACUCAACAGAUUCCAAUAAAGUCGUUGUUUGUAACAUUCAUGUGCUUUACAAUCCUAAAAGAGGAGAAAUUAAGCUUGGCCAGGUCAGGGUGCUUCUGGAUAGGGCUCAUGCUAUUUCAAAACUCUGGAAUGACGCUCCAGUUGUUCUUUGUGGGGAUUUCAAUUGUAUCCCAAAGAGUCCAUUAUACAAUUUUAUCUUGCAACAGAAGUUAGAUUUGUCUGGAUUGGAUAGAGAUAAGUUAUCAGGACAAGCUUAUGCUGAAAUUCCUAUACAAAGAACUCAUAAUUAUAUUCCUGGGCAUGCUGAUAAUUUAGUUCAAGCCCCGUCAGUUGUGCAAGGCAAGAAUGUUGAUAUCCAGCUGAGCAAUUCUUCCCUAAACAUACAGAAGCCAUAUCAUUCUGAUAGCAGUGUGGAGACUGUUCCCUCAGUUAACAAUUUCUCUCAGCCUCAAUCUUCUGACAGUCUUAAUGUAUUUGAUAAUCCAUGCACCAAGGUAGAAUAUGGAAAGGAUAAUGGUGCACAACAUGACAUGAAAGAAGAAAUUCAGCAAAAUGCUGUGAAUUGCUCGAAGGUUGGAGGGGGAUCAGCAUUCUGUGUUCCAGGUGAUGUUGUAAACGAAAAUAUAACUACGGCUUAUGGUGAAGCUUGCCUUUCUGUCCAUCAUUUCAAUGAUGAUAUUCACAUAUCUUCUCCUACAGUAUCUUCCCAUCCCGAAGAAGCAGACUUUAACAUGACUGACAUGGGGGACAAAGAAAGAGUGGAUUCUGUCUCUAGUUUAGAUCCUGGAUUAUUAAGUAGACAUUUUGAUUCAAAUGAUGACUUGAAAGACAAAAGCUAUGCUGACAAUCCCAUGCUUUCCUUAUAUGGGGACAAUCAUUCUAUGCAGGCCAAGGUUGACUUAGAGUCUCUGGAUCCUUUGAUUGCAGAAAUUCCUUCAUCAGAUCCAUCUCAUGAAGCUUGUUUGUCUGAUACUGUUGAGGUCUGUUUACUGCAAUCUGGAAACAUUUCCUCUCAGCCAAUUUCUAGUGACGCUGAGGAUAGCUCCUCUGAUCCAUGCAAGCUCAAUGCCUCACCUGCAUGUACUAGCAUUGAAGCACAGGAAAAACUUGAGAAUUUAUGUCUCAAUGAACUAGAUGAAGCAAUGACAGGAGGAAAUAAAGCUGAAGAUGUUACUACAUUUUCAUCUGCACUACACAACACUGAAGAUGCAUUUCCUUCUGACCAUGGUGAAUUACCAAGAUCGGAUCUCACAGAACCAGAUAGGUCCAAUGAUGUCGACGAUGAUUUGUCUCUUCACCUGGACUCGGAGCCUUCUGAUGUAGGAAAAUAUAUUUAUGACCCAUCAUCGUGGACUCCAAUGGAAAUAGAAACUGCAACGGGCAAGGCAGACUGUACUUCCUUGGAACACCCUCUAAAGCUUAGAAGCACCUACACCGAAGUGGAGGGUUCUUUGGAAACUAGAGGUUUAAGCGGAGAGCCUCUUGUCACCAGCUACAAUAGGUGUUUCUUGGGAACAGUUGAUUAUAUUUGGCAUUCUGAAGGUCUUCAGACUGUCAGGGUGCUGGCUCCAAUACCAAAACAUGUCAUGCAAAAGACUCCAGGAUUCCCAACAAAGAAAUGGGGUAGUGAUCAUAUUGCCUUGGCUUCGGAGUUGGCGUUCAUUAGAGAUGAGACCGAUGACGCCACAGAGGUCCAGUAAAAAUGGUGGGAUAGUUGCACAGAAUCGUGAGCUUCUAGUUUUGCUGGCACUAUUUGUUGUAGGUUGUGGAGUUCAUUGUUAUUUUUCAUACAAAUGGAGGCUAGUCACAGUAGUUUUCUCCUAUUUGUUUUGUACAUAUCUGGUUUCUAAUCCUCAUGGCAAUUGUUUACGAUUAAAAAUUUUGUUUUCAUUAGGAGAAAUUUUAUACUAACCUUAGUUAUACCAUGCAAAUUAAAUGGGAAUGUUUUGGUUCUCUAUCUAAACAA